CUCCGACCGUCAUCCUUGCUAGUUACCGGUAGCGUUUAUCAUCGUCUGGUCCUCAGCGCCGAGUAAUUAAUGCCAGUAUCGGAUCUUCCACCAGAACUUCUGGAUGCUAUUAUCGACGAAAUACAGGAAGACAAGAAAUCUCUGCUGCAAGCAUCCUUGGUUUGCAAGGCCUUUUGUCCGAGGACCAGAGUCCAUCUGUUCUCUGUCGCAUUACUGUCAAGCUGGGAAUGCUCCUGUGAACGCCUCCGCGAGUUGAUCACGCUGUCUCCAAAGCUUGCCCUGCAUUUCAAAUCUCUUAGAAUCGUAAUAAGCCUUAACCCUGAUCUUCCUUUCUCGAUUUACGAACCGCUGACAGUCAUCGGAUCUCUCCCCAAUAUCACCGACUUAUACCUCAUACGAGGAGUCUGGGAAUUUAUGCCGGCUCCCGUUGUGUCAUGUCUGCAGUCCUAUUCUUAUCGCAUCCUCAGCAUAGACCCAACUUUCUUCUUCCGAAGGAUAGGCGAUAUCUGCUCACUAGUGCAAAAUUCGCCCAACUUGCAGGAAGUACGCUUGGCGCUUCAAAGUAGUAUCACAGAAUGUGACCACUCCCUUCAUCGCACCACCGCUCCAGCCACGGCGCAUAUCAUUGAACCUACCCUUCUGAAGUCGGUUUUGCCGUCUGGUCCAUGCCCAUUUUCCUGCAGUAAUAUCCGUAUACUUCAUAUAGCUCUUCCUGAUACGAGCACUGUCCCACGAUAUGUCAGUCGAUAUUUAGCUCUCUCGCCUAGUUCUCUCAAACAUCUUUUCGUGAGUCAUUUCAACAAUCCAUCCCCAGGUUUCCGUGACCGCUCUUCAGAAACGCUCAAUAUUUCCAACGUCGAGCUUGUUACGGUUAAAAUCGAGGGCACCAAAAUGACCCUCGGUGGUCGGGCCUUCCACAUAUUCGAAUGGUGGAUCUCCAACCUUUCAGCGGUGAACGUUAAACACUGCGCCAUUCGUUCGAUUACUUUUACAAUCAUAUGGACGUGGCCGAAAUAUGAAAAACCUCAUCCCGCGUUGGAUUGGGAAGACCUGUGGAUGAGGCUGGAUAGCUGUUUGACCUCCAGCAAGAUCGCUUCGUUGGAGCGUGUUGCGUUCAUUUUCGAUCCACGGCCUGCGGGAUGGGAUACAUUCAAGACUCGCAUGGAGGGCAAAUUUCGGGGGCUGAAAGAGCUUGGCUGUGAAGUAUCAUUGAAUGCUAUGGGAUACGAUAAUCGCCCAUACUUUUGAGUGCUCAAAUCGGUGGCCAUCGUCAUGAACUAGUCUUGGAUGAGCGCCGAGUCUUGGUGUUGUGUGUAAAGUGGACAGAUUGAUAGUGUAAAUCUUGUUUCCUUCGACUAUCAGUCUGCCCGGAUGCAAUUUGUAGUUUUCUCCAUCCUUGGUAUCACCAA